AUGGGUGUACAAUUGUACUACACGCCUGCACCGAAACGAAAGAAAAUUAAGUGCCGGUUUACUGCCAGUGCGAAAAAGGGAACUUUCUUUGAAAGCGCACAUUUACCAUUGACGGACAUUUUUUGUAUUGUUGCGUCAAUAUUGUGUCUAGUGCCGCCGCGACAAGAUUACCUGAAAAAGAACUUUAAUAUUAGUUCAAAAACAGCUGUAGACUGGUAUUCGUUUUGUCGGGAGGUAUUUGUUGACCAUGUGGCCAAUAAUGAUGUUACAUUAGGUGGAGUUGGACACAUUGUGGAAAUUGACGAGGCAAAAUUUGGUAAAAGAAAAUAUAAUAGAGGAAGACUUAUUGAAGGGCAGUGGGUGUUUGGUGGUAUAGACCGUACCACACAUGAAACAUUUUUAGUGCCGGUAGAGAAAAGGGACAAGGAAACUCUCUUAAAAGUAAUAAAAGAAAAAAUUGAACCGGGAAGUACCAUUAUUAGUGAUUGUUGGCGUGCGUACGACUGCUUGGAGGACGAGGGGUUUGUGCAUGAGACAGUUAACCACUCAAAGGAGUUUGUGGACCCACGCACUCACGCCCACACAAAUACUAUCGAGCGGACGUGGAGAAGUGUAAAAGACAAAAUUCCGCGUUACGGCAGGAAAAAAACUCAUUUUGUGGGGUAUUUGGGUGAAUACCUUUUUAAGGCGAAAUACCCAAACCUCAAUGAGCGGAUCCACCAUUUCUGGGUUGCGGCUGCAAAACUGUACCCACCUGAACAUUAAGGUAAGUGAUAAGUUACUUAAGUGACUAGUACGUUAAUCCUGUCAACGAUGCCUGCCCGCUGCGCAGUGCUGCGCACUGCUUGCUC